AUGGUUCAAGCUGGUGUAGCGAGCGGUAUUUUACUACGCGACCCAUCACAGUUUGACAAUAACCCCGAAAUGGAUGAAGAUUUGGUGUUAAACCAUUCCAGCGCUGUAGGCGAGAACCCACUUGAAUCGCCAAUCGCUACUAUUGAUGGAGCGAUACAUUAUGCAAAUGACCUUUCCCGAUACCUUCAAGCAUUAAAAAUCACUGAAUUACAUACACCGAGUGGAAAAGAGUUACCGGUUUCUGAGAUUGUGAAUCGGACAUCAAACUUGCGAAUUGCUUUGAUUAG